CGGUUGGAGGCGCUGAGGGAGCGGGAGCGCGCGGCUGGAGGCCGAGGGGGGGGGGCCGGGCCCGGGGGCGGCCGUUGCGUUGGGGGGGAGGGAGGGGGGGGAAGAGAGAGAAGAAGGAGCUGAAAAAGGCCCCGAAUCGACAAGAAAUAGGUGAUAAACCCCCCCCAACCCCCCGAGCAACGGCCCCAACGACCUUCCGUUAACGGAGGGAGAAGCGGGCCUGGCCCCGGGGCUCGGCGAACAGCCGCCAUGAACAGCGUGGGAGGAGCCGAUGAGAUCGGAAAACUGUUUGUGGGUGGCCUGGACUGGAGCACAACACAAGAAACUCUUCGUAGUUACUUCUCCCAGUAUGGAGAGGUUGUAGACUGUGUCAUAAUGAAAGACAAGACAACCAACCAGUCUCGAGGAUUUGGAUUUGUCAAAUUCAAAGAUCCCAACUGUGUGGGAACAGUGCUGGCCAGCAGACCUCAUACGUUAGAUGGCCGAAACAUUGAUCCAAAGCCAUGUACACCCAGGGGGAUGCAACCUGAAAGGACACGGCCAAAGGAAGGAUGGCAGAAAGGAUCCAGGAGCGAUAACAAUAAAUCCAAUAAGAUUUUUGUUGGUGGGAUUCCUCAUAACUGUGGCGAGACUGAGCUCAGGGAAUACUUCAAGAAAUUCGGAGUGGUCACUGAAGUUGUAAUGAUCUAUGACGCAGAGAAACAGAGGCCCCGAGGUUUUGGAUUUAUUACUUUCGAGGACGAACAAUCAGUGGACCAGGCUGUCAACAUGCAUUUUCACGACAUCAUGGGCAAAAAAGUGGAGGUGAAACGUGCAGAACCUCGUGAUAGCAAAAGCCAAACUCCAGGGCCACCCGGUGCCAGUCAGUGGGGAAGCAGGAUCAUGCCAAGCGCUGCCAAUGGCUGGGCAGGUCAGCCCCCUCCGACCUGGCAACAAGGUUAUGGCCCUCAAGGGAUGUGGGUGCCAGCUGGACAGGCAAUUGGUGGAUAUGGACCACCUCCUCCAGGAAGAGGAGCUCCCCCACCACCUCCUCCGUUUGCCUCAUACAUCGUUUCUACACCUCCAGGAGGAUUUCCACCUCCACAAGGAUUCCCACAGGGCUACGGCACCCCUCCACCAUUUACUUUUGGUUAUGGUGCUCCUCCUCCUCCACCUGACCAGUUUGCCCCACCUGGAGUACCCCCUCCACCUGCCACUCCAGGGGCAGCACCACUAGCUUUUCCUCCACCACCACCGCCAUCUCAGGCAACUCAGGACAUGAGCAAACCCCCAACUGCUCAGCCAGAAUUCCCUUACAGUCAAUUUGGGUAUGGACAAGACUUGAGUGGUUUUGGACAAGGUUUCUCUGAUCCCAGCCAGCAGCCCCCUCCCUAUGGAGGCCCAUCAGUGCAGCCAUCCAGCGGCCCACCUGCAGGAGGAAGCGGUUUCGGACGAGGACAGAACCAUAACGUUCAAGGAUUCCACCCAUACAGGCGUUAAAAGCAGUGUGCUGGCAAUCAGGGAGUUAGACCCACACCGGGAUACCUGGCACCAGCAGCACCCAGGGAUCCCCAGACUUGUGAACUUGUGACAAUCACAUACUUGAUGGAAGACAAAGGUGGUUUUUUUUUGAUGGGGGGGGGGAUAUAAGGGAGGGGGGGGGGGGGGAAGGCGGCUUCUGAAGGCAAAGCUGUGGGUGUUCGGACUGCAGUUUUUAACUCUUUUUUUUUUUCUUUUUUUUUUUCCCCCUUUUCUUUAAACCCAUCAGCACAAAAUAAAGCAAAUGUCACUGGUUCAAACUUAACAGGGUUUUAAAAAUGUCUUCAGCUUUAAUUCCAAACUUCAGGUUUUGGGUUAAUUUUUUUUUUUUUUUGGGUUUAUUUUUUUCCUGAGCCUUUUUUUUUUUUUUUUUUUUGACCGUAUAUUGUAAACUUUUAUGUUGAAAAAGAUAAAAAAAAAAAACCAUAAAAAAAAAUAAUUAUAUAUAUUAUACAUUUACAGAUUGUGAGAAUUUUUAAGAGAAAUUUUCUACUAUGUAUGCUGGCUUUAUUUUUUAAUUUAAAAUAACAGGGUUUUUUUCCCAUUGGGAAGCAGAAGGGUUGAGCUGCAGCUCCCUCAAUGCUGACGGAUGGGGUCAGAGAGGAACUCGGGGGAGUUAAGAGAUGAAAUCUACUGAGCGUUGCUUUGCUUUUUGCAUCUGUUAUCGACCCAAUGGGGCUUUUUAGGGGCUGAAUGGAUGAGAGGCAGGUUUGGUUGCAGGCUUUGUUGGUGCACGGAGUCACUUAAUGGAGCGAGGCCUUGAGCUUCAAUCCUCUCUAUGGGAUCCUGUGUUGGGUUUUUGCAUUCAGGAUUUGGGGUUUGAACCGAGGCCUUGUGUGAAGAUGUAGAUUUAACCCUCAGGCAAAAAAAAAAAGGUUUUCGAGGUGCGUCCUGCGCUGACCAGCUGUCAGCCCUGGUUUGAAUAAAGACAAGUACAUUUGGAUUAGAAACACAA